GUGACGAGUGAGUUAAACACCCAAUAUUUGUUGAUGAGAGAUACUAAUAUUUUCGAAAAGGGUUUAUGGGAUGGAUGUUGGUGAUAAAGUUGCUAUUGAGCCAACCGUUUUCUGUUCGGAUAGCCCAAGAUUCCAAAAUACUAAUCUAUCAAAGGAUUAUAGUUGUGCACCUUGUUCUAAAGGAUUAACAAACAUUUGUGAUUAUGCUGGAAUUUGUGGAUUAGGCGCUCAAGAUGGUGGAUUAGCUGAAAAAUUCGUUACUGGUGCAAGACACGCUAUUGUUAUUCCUGAAAGUAUCCCAUUGGAAGUUGGUGCAUUGGUUCAACCAAUUGCUGUUUCAUGGCAUGCUGUUAGAAUAUCUGGCUUCAAAGAAGAUUCAUCAGCAUUAGUUUUAGGUGGUGGUGCUGUUGGAUUAGCUGCUAUAUUAUCAUGUUUUGGUCAUAAGGCUUCAAUGGUUGUAUGCUCUGAACCUUCAAAAAGAAGAAGAGAAAGUGCGGAAAAAUUGGGUGCUCAUGUUUUCGAUCCAAGUUCAGUUGAUGGUGAUCCAAUUAAGGAAUUGAUGGAUCUUAGUCCCAAAGGUCAUGGAUUUGAUUAUUGUUUUGAUUGUUCAGGUUUAGAAAUCACUUUACACACUGCAAUUAGAGCUGCCACUACAAAUGGUACUAUUGUUAAUGUUGCAAUAUGGGGUUCAGAUUCAAUCAAUUUUUAUCCAAUGGAGAUUACCAAAACUGAAAAAAGAUUAAUGGGUUCAAUGUGCUAUACAAGAGAAGAUUUUGAAGGUGUGUUGGAUGCUUUUGAAAAGGGGAACAUCGAUGUUGAUAAAACAAAAACUAUGAUCACAAGUGUUGUUGAUUUAGAAAAUGGUGUUGAAGGAGGGUUUGAUCAUUUACUGGCUAAUAAAGCUACUGAAGUGAAAAUCCUAAUUACUCCAAAUAAUCAUGGAGAAGUUGAGUACUCCAAAGAUUUUACAAAGACUCAUGAAGAGUACUUGAAUUAAAUAUUCUACAAAAUGAAAAAAUUUAUGUUAUAAAUAAACCAUUUCUUGAAAACACGUAGACCCAAAAUUAACACCUAAACAAUAAAACUAACAAAU